AAAAAAAAAAUCAAAACUUUUCAGAAGAAAUUCAGAGUCUCGAAUUCUGAUUCAAUUCGAUUAAGCCGAAGCGCAAGAACCCAAACCGUUGGGCAAGUCAAAAGAAGCUCCCUCGCCGCUGACCUUCAAGUUCCUCUUGGUGGGUCUGCUUAAGAUUUUGGUUGUUCGAUUCACUGCAGUUGAAGAAUAUGAUGCUGUUCGACAACUGGUUGUGAAAUCAACCACCCCAAUUUCUGGAUUCUUUGGUAUGGAUGUGAUUACGGCAACUCCAACAGUUAAUCCCGAGAACAUGGCUGAGGUCCACCUUCCCAAGGAGCAUGUAGUAGCAUUAGUGGCAGAGGAUCAAGAAGCAACAUGUUGGGGUUGCGGGCUGCAUCUCUUGCUUCCAUCAGGCGCAGCUAUUUUCAAGUGUGGUUGGUGUGGAGCCAUAACAAAUCGAAGUGCACCAAAGCAAGAGGACAAGUCCUUAAAGUGGAGGUGGUUACGAGAUCGGAGUUUUGUUUGUGUCCUAGUUUUAUUCAUGCUUUUUGUGAUAUGUGGCGGUGUAUGGGCUGUAUAUCCUGUUGUUUUCUCCAUCAGCCAAUUUUGUGGUAUUUUCCACUCCACUGUGACCAUGGUUUUGGCAGUAACCACCAUUUCUUCAUUCAGUGUUGCUGCAUUUAGAUGUCCCGGUAUGCCUCCAAACGUCCCAUGGGGGAGCUAUCCAGUUGUGGAAAAGGGUGACCUUGAAAACUAUACCUUCUGUCAAUACUGCUCGAAGCCAAAGUCACCUAGAACUCAUCAUUGCCGUUCCUGUGGUGUGUGUGUUUUGGACAUGGACCACCAUUGCCCAUUUAUAGGGAACUGUGUUGGUGCAGGAAACCAUAAACACUUCAUUCUGUUCCUCAUUUCAACUAUUGUGAGUACAAUCUAUGUUUCAAUCAUGGCUGUAUAUUCAGUACUGCAUAUGUGGCCACCAUUAACGUUCCAUGAGUUGGGUCGCUUAAAUGGUUUCGGGACCAAGUUUGGUUGGAAUCUCUCAAAGGAAAUCAUCCAUGCCGUUGUGAGAUCCACGACGCUACUGUCUGUCAGAGGGUUCAUCCUUAUUUAUCUAUUUAUCUCAAGUUUCUCAGUUCAAAUUGGAUUGAUGGUACUUUUAUGCCAACAACUAUGGUAUAUCUACGAAGGGAAAACUUAUUUGAGUCAUAUAAGUUCACAGGGUGAUGAUGGAGACAGGGACUGCCGAAAUCUUCUCCGCUUCUUUGGCUGCCCAUCGAUAACUUUCUCCCGACAUUUACCGAUUUUUCGAAGCUCUCGAAAAAGACAUGUGAAGUGAGCAAAGUAGCGUAAUGGUAAUUGCUGUAUCCCCACGUUUGAUCUUUAUAAUGAUCAUGUGUUUCAUUUUUUGGGUAUCUUUCUUGUUUUCUGCCCUUUUUGGAUCAUUAUCUGAAACUUAUAGGGUAGAAACAGGCAUUUGGAAUUUUGUACAUCCAUGACAUAUAUACUUGAGGAGGGAAAUUGUAACAAUAGUAGAGGGGAAAAUUCUGAGUGCUAUAGUGAUACAAGUUGUGAAGUUAUAAACUAUUUAUCUCAUGUUUAUAAGUUAUAAACUAUAGUGAUACAAGUUGUGAUACGACCUGAACCAAUUUUUUGGAAUUGUCGGGACGCUCGAAUGAUAGGGUAUCGUUUCUUUCUGUUGUUAAA